AUGGCGCCCGAUUUGAACUCGAUGCCUUCGUCGCCGCAUGUCACUCCGGUCAACAGCACCCGCCAGACGGCGGGUGCCCCGUCCCUGGUGCCAUCCGCAGACCCCAACCAGCCCAACAUCCUCUUCAUCAUGGCAGAUCAGCUAGCAGCCCCGCUGCUGAAGAUGUACAACCCAGAGUCCCAGAUCAAGACCCCGAACCUCGAUGCCCUGGCGGCCAAGUCCGUCCAGUUUGACUCUGCCUACUGCCCCUCACCCCUCUGUGCUCCCUCGCGCAUGAGCUUGAUAACGGGGUUACUGCCCAUGAAGAUCGGCGCGUACGAUAACGCCUCGCAGAUCUCAAGUGACUGGCCGACGUAUGCGCACUAUCUGAGAGCCAAGGGCUACCACACAUCAUUGGCCGGCAAGAUGCACUUUGUGGGAGACCAGCUCCACGGUUACGAGACUCGUCUCACGGCAGACAUCUACCCUGGAGAUUUUGGCUGGGCAGUCAACUGGGACGAGCCGGACAGGCGCCUGGAGUGGUACCACAAUGCCAGCUCUAUCCUGCAGGCCGGCACAUGUGUCAGGAGCAACCAGCUUGACUACGAUGAGGAGGUCAUGUACAAGUCGACACAGUUCCUGUAUGAUCAGGUCCGCGAAGGCCCCAACAAGCGGCCAUUCGCCUUGACUGUCUCCCUCACACACCCUCACGACCCGUAUACGAUUGAGGAGAAAUACUGGGAUCUCUACGAGGGCGUCGACAUUGAUCUGCCCAAGGUGUCCAUCCCCAAGGAAGAGCAGGAUGCACACAGCAAGCGCCUGAUGAAGGUUUGCGACCUGUGGGACGAGAACUUCACAGACGAGCAGAUCAAGCGCGCGCGACGGGCUUACUACGGUGCCGUCAGUUAUGUCGAUGACUGCAUUGGCCGGUUGCUGCAGACCCUGAAGCAGUGCCGUCUGGACAAGAACACGAUUAUCGUCUUCAGCGGUGAUCACGGUGAUAUGCUGGGCGAGCGAGGGCUUUGGUACAAGAUGAACUACUUUGAGGGCUCGGCGCGAGUGCCGCUCCUGAUCUCGGACCCCAGCCGGUUCGAGCCUCACCGCGUUAAGCAGAAUGUCUCGACCUUGGACAUCCUGCCGACACUCUGCGACCUGGUUGGCACGAAGCCAGCACCUGGUUUGCCCAUGGAUGGAAUCUCUAUGCUGCCACACCUGGAAGGUCGUGAGGGACACGAUACCGUGAUUGCCGAGUACACAGGCGAGGGUACCAACAGCCCUCUCAUGAUGAUCCGCCGCGGACCAUGGAAGUACAUCACCUGUCCCAAGGACGAGCCACAGCUGUUCAACUUGGAACAGGACCCCCUUGAACUGGUCAACCUCGCGAAGCUGGCCAACCAGGAGGACUUGACUCCCGAGGAGGAAGAGGCGAAGCUCAAGUUCAUCAAGUUCGAGACGGAGGCCAAGGCCCGGUGGGACUUCCAGGCCAUCACGGACGAGGUUCUUCUGUCUCAGCGUAAGCGCAGAGUCGUAUGGGACGCGUUGAAGAUUGGCCGGUUUGACAGCUGGGAUUUCAACCCGGCAACCCAUGAAGAUGGAACAGCAAAAUACAUCCGCUCCUUCUUGCCACUGGAUGACCUCGAGCGCAAGGCUCGCUUCCCGGCCGUUGAUAAAUACGGCCGUGAGACUGGCAACGUCAUCACGUACGACCAGGCCGGUUCGCACAACCAAUAA